AUGACUACGGUCACAAAUUGGAUCGUAUAUCUGUGCGAAAGUUUUCUUAUAAUAAUUGUGAACACCCCUUUGAUUCUUACUAUUCUUCUACGGAAAAAUAAUCGUAAUCGUCGAGAGUUUUUAAUUAUUACUGGCAUGGUAUUAGGCGAUACACUAUACGCCUUAGGAUUUUUCUUGUCUAUUACGAGACGUCUCGAAAACUUGUCAUCCGGUGAUAGUUUGGUGACAAGGUCCGAAUGUAUGGCUCAAAUCCCAACGAUUGCAGUAUUUUUGGGCACAUCCCUAAUCGGCCAGAUGAACACCGUAGUUGCUAUUGAUAGAUUUCUUGCCACAGUAUUCCCUAUUUGGUAUUUUAAAACUACCAUACGUUAUCCUAUAACAAUACUUUCAAUUGCAUAUGGAUUCUCAAUUAUUACGUUAGUGCUUAACUGGAUACUUGUUCUUAGCGAUGAACAUGAAAAAUUAGCGUUGAUCAGUAUUCAGUGCAACUUUGCUGACUCGACAUUUCCCGGAUUCAGAAACCUACUCGUCUACUAUCGAUGGCUCUGCAUUAUUAUUGCUUCUUUACUAUACAUUAUGAUCGCACUCUUCAUACGAAAGAGGUUCAAAGCCGUUUCACGUACACUUGCGCCACAAAUGAACAAAAUACAUAGCAGGAAACUGAUGCGAAGUAACAUUACUAUGGGAUUAACGACUCUCAGCGCCUUCUUCCUCUUACUAAUCCCCGACGUUUUCGCUGAAUUUAAUUUACCUAAUAGUAGUAGUGGUACGAAAUUAUUCUUGUAUUCGCUAAUGUUGAACAAGACAAUGGUCAACUUAUUAAUAUUCGUUGUACGACAUCGAGAACUGCGUGGUGUGUUCAUCGCAGGAGGAUCAUCAGAACACAGUUAG